AUGGACUGCCGUAGUCUACAAUUGUUUCCACUUUUAGUGGUGGGCCUUACCUCUGGGAGAAGAGUUCCCUAUAAAUAUAUUAUUGGCGGCGCGGACGAAGCCAUUGAGAAUGCCCCCUGGCAAGUGUCUAUCCAAUAUUUGUGGAGUCAUAUCUGCGGCGGAUCCAUUUAUAGUUCCAGAAUUAUCCUAACCGCUGCUCAUUGCCUUGUGGAAUAUUAUCCCGAGAACUUAGGUGUUCGAUUGGGCUCCAGCUAUAAUAAUUAUUAUGGCAGCCUGGUUGGAGUUUCCUUGAUUAGAACCCACGAGAAGUACGAUUCCUAUUCCUUUGACAACGAUGUGGGAUUGCUGUUCCUUGACUACCCACUUAAUCUCGACGAAGACUACUCUAUUCAGGCCAUUGAACUUGCCGAGAAAGUUCCUCCUCCAGGAACCACGACAUCUGUGACUGGUUGGGGAAUCACAGAAUAUGGAGAAACGGAAAUUCUGCAGUCGCUCGAAACGGAUAUUGUGGAUCUGGAAGAAUGCAAAAUAUUGUACAAAGAUUAUUCGAUCACAAAGAAUAUGCUGUGUACCUCAAAUGUGAAUGAGGGAACGUGCCAAGGAGACUCUGGCGGAGCUUUGGUUUUUAAUGGCCAGCAGGUUGGCAUUGUCUCGUGGGCCGAGGGCUGUGCAGAUCCAGCUUUCCCCACAGUGUAUGCCAAUGUGCCAGCUUUACGGAAAUGGAUUGAAGAAAAUGCCAAGGAUUUAGAAACUUUCUAAAGGAACAAGAAGCUAAUUAUAAAAUAAAUUAAUAAAAAUAGUG